AUGAGUGAAAUCCAAUACAAUUACGCGGAAUCGCGUAAAGUGACUGUUAUCAAGGCUCCUUUCAGCGGAGGCCAGAGAAAAGGAGGAGUCGACGAGGCUCCUGAUAAGCUUGAGGAGUUUGGUCUGUUGACCGACAUCGAGCAGUUGGGCUGGACUUACUCGAUCGCCGACCCGCUGGCCAAGUUCGAUCUCAAGAGCCAAAAGGCAGACCCAACCGACGUUUACGGUAACGUUUUGAGACCAAAGAUGGUGAGCGAGAGCUGUGAGGCCAUUUUCGAGUCUUCUGUUGAGGCCCGCAAAAACGGCACGUUGCCGCUUACUGUGGGCGGUGACCACUCCAUCGGCAUGUCCACGCUUCUGGCGUUUGUGAACCAGAACCCAGACGGAGGUAUUCUGUGGAUCGACGCCCAUGCCGACCUCAACACCCCAGAAACCACUCCAUCUGGUAACUUGCACGGUCUUCCUGUCGCUUUCGCCAUGGGGCUCAAGGAGGAGAACUGGCCGCCACACUUCGACUGGAUCAAGAAGCUGCCUCACAAGGUCAAGCCUUCCCAGAUUGCAUACAUCGGACUGAGAGACGUGGACGCUGGAGAAAAGAAGUACAUCCGUGAUUUGGGAAUCACGGCCUUCUCCAUGUACCAUGUGGAUAAAUACGGCAUCAACAAGGUGCUCGAGAUGGCCCUCGAAAAGGUGAACCCUUCGGGAAAGAACCCUGUGCAUGUGAGUUUCGACGUGGACGCCAUUGACCCACUGUACGUCGCUGCUACUGGUACCCCGGUGCGAGGUGGUCUUUCUCUCAGAGAAGGAUUAUUCAUAAUGGAAGAAGUUGCUGCCACCGGUAACCUUGCUGGUCUCGACAUUGUCGAAGUCAACCCAGCAUUAGCAUCUACAGAAACCCAUAUUUUGGACACCGUGAACGCUGGUCUUUCGAUUGCCAGAUGCGGACUCGGUGAAACCAUUUUUUAA